UUUGCCGAGGCAUUCCAAAUCUUCAAUAAAGCUCCAAGCUUUGCAGCCAAUUCCUUCUGGAUCCAUCUAUCUCCUUAGAACCACUGAAGGAGGAGAUGAAGACCGAGGUUAGCAGUGACCAGAAGAAGAUCAAAGGCUGCAACUUGCUAAGCUUGCUCUUUGGCCGCCAUAAUCGGUCUUCAUCGAAGAAAUCAAUUCCCAACCGCAAGCCUGCAACACCAUCUUCCCCAGCGAAGACUCGUCCACCGAGCUCCAGCCAUCCUCAACGAAGGAGUCAUCUAAAUGCCUCCCAAUUUAUGGUACACAAGUCGAAGCCAGCGGCAGCUCCGGAGAAGCGAAAGCAGGUUACCACGCCUGGUAAUGGCCUCUCAGGGGAGCUUGACAUGAUGAUCUAUGACUAUCAGAAGGCAAAGGGUGACAGCAAAUUGGUGCGAGCUUCUUCUAGCAAUGUAAUGGUGUAUGGCCAAUUAGGCAACAUCUGGGGAAAGAAUAGUGGCAUCAAUGGGGGAAUGGGCAACAUUUUGAGGAGCAAAGCAGAACAGAAGGCCUCAAAACCACCGGUGUUGUGCAGGGCUUUGUCAAAGAGAACGGAUCCUGAGAAGUUGAAGGAGAUGGGCAAUGAGGAGUUCAAUGCUGGGAGGCUCAGUGAGGCAUUAGCUCUCUAUAACAAGGCGAUCAUGCUUGAUCCUGAGAAGGCUUCUUAUUGGAACAAUAAGGCGGCAGCACUUGCUGGAAUGGGUAGGCUCAUUGAAGCUAUCAAAGAGUGUAAGGAGGCAGUAAGGAUUGAUCCUUCAUAUUCGAGAGCUCAUUAUCGGUUAGCGACUUUAUAUCUCAGGUUAGGGGAAGCCGAAAAGGCAGUUCAUCACUACAACCAAUCUCGAAAAGUGGCUGAUACUGAUGAUAUCACUAGAGCAACAAAUCUCCAAAUGCAUAUUCUAAGAUGCAGCGAGGCUCGAAAACUGAAGGAGUGGCAGAGCAUGCUUAAAGAAUCCCAAUCUGCCAUUUCUAGUGGUGCAGAUUCAGCUCCAAAAGUGUUUGCAUUACAAGAAGAAGCGCUUCUAAGACUUGGCAGGCAUGAAGAGGCUGACUCAGUUCUUAAGAAUGCACCCAAGUUUGACACUGAUACAAUCAUCAAUUUCUUUGGUUCAGCAGUGAAUGGAUACAUCCUCAUGAUCCAAGCAGAGGUUGAUUUAGCUUCAGGAAGGUUCAAUGAAGCGGUUGCAUUAGUGGAAAGGAUUGAUAAAAAGCAGAACAACAGAGAAAUCAGUGCUGUAGUUAGGAGAGUAAAAGCCGUCGCAUCAGCUCGAAACAAAGGCAAUGAGUUCUUCAAGUUUUCAAAGUAUUCAGAAGCAUGCACUGCUUAUGGAGAAGGGCUUCAUCAUGAUCCCUUGAAUGCCAUUCUUCUCUGCAACCGAGCUGCCUGUCAUUCCAAACUUGGACAAUGGGAGAAAGCAAUUGAAGAUUGCAAUACGGUUCUUAAUUUGAAACCUUCCUAUGCUAAGGCUAGACUUCGAAGAGCUGAUUGCUUUGCUAAGCUUGAGAAGUGGGAGGCAUCAGCACAAGAUUAA